GAAGAGACUCGUUUCCCAUUAAGCGGCUGUAAGCGCUUCCGGCUCGGGGGCUUUGUGAGCGCGGCGUGUUUAGACUGCGGCGCUGCGCGGCUUCAUUCGCUCUCACGCUGUUGCACGCGACCUUAUCGGCUCUGCAGGUCUCCGCGUACAGUGUCUGAUGGAGUGGCAGCCAGAUGAACAAGGACUCCAACAGGUCCUGCAGCUCCUGAAAGACUCCCAGUCCCCCAACACAGCCACUCAGAGAGCUGUGCAGCAAAAACUAGAGCAGCUAAACCAGUUUCCAGACUUCAACAACUAUCUCAUCUUCGUCUUAACACGACUGAAAUCUGAGGAUGAGCCAACUCGUUCACUCAGUGGUCUGAUUCUGAAGAACAACGUCAAAGCGCACUACCAGAAUUUCCCUCCAGCAGUGGCAGAUUUCAUAAAGCAGGAAUGUCUGGGCAACAUUGGGGACCCCUCUCCUCUCAUUCGUGCUACAAUUGGUAUCCUGAUCACAACCAUUUCAUCUAAAGGGGAGCUGCAGACAUGGCCUGAGUUGCUGCCUCAGCUCUGCAACCUGCUCAACUCAGAAGAUUACAACACCUGCGAGGGAUCAUUUGGUGCGCUACAGAAGAUAUGUGAAGAUUCAUCUGAGUUGCUGGACAGUGAUGCAUUGAACAGGCCUCUAAAUAUUAUGAUCCCUAAAUUCCUACAGUUCUUCAAGCACUGUAGCCCUAAGAUCAGAUCUCAUGCUAUCGCUUGUGUGAACCAGUUUAUCAUUGGUCGAGCUCAAGCUUUGAUGGACAAUAUUGACACUUUUAUUGAGAGUUUAUUUGCGCUGGCUGCAGAUGAAGACUCUGAAGUGAGGAAGAAUGUUUGUCGAGCACUGGUCAUGCUGCUCGAGGUUCGAAUCGACCGCCUUAUCCCGCACAUGCACAGCAUUGUUCAGUACAUGCUACAACGCACACAGGAUCCAGAUGAGAAUGUGGCUCUGGAGGCUUGUGAGUUUUGGCUCACCCUGGCUGAGCAGCCCAUCUGCAAAGAAGUUCUUUCUGGACAUCUGGUUCAACUGAUUCCUAUCCUGGUAAAUGGAAUGAAGUACUCUGAAAUCGACAUCAUCUUGCUAAAGGGUGACGUGGAGGAGGAUGAGGCUGUUCCGGACAGUGAGCAAGACAUCAAACCACGUUUCCACAAGUCUCGCACAGUCACACUGCAGCACGAGGGAGGCGAGGGAGAGGAGGGGGAGGACAUUGAUGAAGAUGAUGAUGACGACGAUGACACACUGUCUGACUGGAAUCUACGUAAAUGCUCGGCUGCAGCACUGGAUGUGUUGGCGAAUGUGUUUCGGGACGACUUGCUACCCCACCUGCUCCCUCUGCUGAAAGACUUGCUGUUUCACCCAGAUUGGGUUGUCAAGGAGUCUGGCAUUCUGGUUCUGGGGGCCAUUGCUGAGGGGUGUGUGCAGGGAAUGGUUCCCUACCUGCCAGAAUUAAUUCCCCACUUGAUUCAGUGUCUGUGUGAUAAGAAAGCUCUGGUGCGCUCCAUCGCCUGCUGGACACUGAGCCGCUAUGCUCACUGGGUGGUGAGCCAACCACCUGAUGCCUACCUCAAACCACUCAUGACGGAGCUGCUCAAACGCAUUCUUGAUGGAAAUAAGAGAGUGCAGGAGGCGGCCUGCAGUGCGUUUGCAACUCUGGAGGAGGAGGCUUGCACAGAGCUUGUUCCUUAUCUCGGCUUCAUUCUUGACACACUGGUCUUUGCUUUUGGGAAAUACCAGCACAAAAACCUUCUCAUCUUGUAUGAUGCCAUUGGGACACUGGCUGACUCUGUGGGCCAUCAUCUCAACCAGCCUGAAUAUAUCCAGAAGCUGAUGCCCCCUCUCAUACAAAAAUGGAAUGAGCUAAAAGAUGAAGACAAAGAUCUGUUUCCUUUGUUAGAGUGUCUCUCAUCAGUGGCCACGGCUCUGCAGAGUGGCUUCCUGCCUUACUGCGAACCAGUGUAUCAGCGCUGUGUCACUCUGGUGCAGAAAACCCUGGCUCAGGCAAUGAUGUAUAACCAGCACCCAGAGCAGUACGAGGCUCCGGAUAAGGACUUCAUGAUCGUAGCUCUGGAUCUCCUUAGCGGACUGGCCGAGGGCCUCGGGGGGCAUGUUGAGAGACUAGUAGCUCGCAGCAACAUCAUGACACUCCUCUUCCAGUGCAUGCAGGACACUAUGCCUGAGGUGAGGCAGAGUUCCUUUGCUCUGUUGGGAGACCUGACCAAGGCCUGCUUCCUUCAUGUUAAGCCCUGCAUCUCUGAGUUCAUGCCUAUUCUGGGGCUGAACCUGAACCCAGAGUUCAUUUCUGUGUGUAAUAACGCCACCUGGGCCAUUGGUGAGAUCUCCAUACAGAUGGGCUCAGGUGACAGGAAGCAGGAAGGUGUUUGUACAGGUGCAGAGAUGGAGCCAUAUGUGGGACUGGUGCUUAACAACCUUGUGGAGAUUAUUAAUAGACCCAAUACUCCCAAGACUCUGCUGGAGAACACUGCCAUUACUAUUGGUCGGCUGGGAUACGUUUGUCCUCAGGAGGUCGCACCCAUGCUGCCCCAGUUCAUACGCCCUUGGUGUCAGUCACUCAGAAACAUCAGGGACAACGAGGAAAAAGAUUCGGCUUUCAGAGGCAUCUGUCUAAUGAUCGGAGUAAAUCCUGGAGGUGUGGUGCAGGACUUUAUUUUCUUCUGUGAUGCUGUGGCAUCUUGGGUGAACCCGAAAGAAGACCUUAGAGACAUGUUUUACAAGAUCUUGCAUGGCUUUAAGGACCAGGUUGGAGAGGAGAACUGGCAGCAGUUCUGUGAGCAGUUCCCCCCACAGCUGAAGGAGCGGCUGUCGGCCUGCUACGGCGUUUAGUCGCCCCUCCUCACUGACACAGGACACGCCUGUUAGGUUGAAUCUCCGGGAGGGUCACUGGGGGAAACUCAUCCAUGUGUGUAUUGCCCUGCUACUGGAGGGGGGAGGCUGGCGCGACGAUCAUCCCUGCACCCUGUGUCUGUGUGAGGGAGGGUGGGAAGGGUGGGAGGGGGUUAGGGGGAGCCAACCUCUGCAUCAAACGCUGCGGUUUAGCGGUCCGCGCACUGAGUAGGAAUUUUUAAAUAAAAAUGAAAGCAAAAGGGGAUCUAGGCUGGGAUAGAGGGAGGGAGGGAACUCGUAGGCAGGGCUUGCCACCUGAUAACUCCACUGCUCUCUUCUGCUGAGGGAGAGCACUAUCGGGAGGGGGGAGGCUGGGUGGCACCAAUGCACCCACCAAUAGUACAGUCUAGUCUAAGCCCUGGCACCUCAGCUAGACACCUAUAGCACACAAGCGCAUUCAGUAGACCGGCACACUCGUUAGAAAAGCUUAAGGCGACCUGUUGCCCGGGUGGUAAUGCAUACACAUAAGAAAUCUACAAUAUCUUUAAUGGGUAUUGGUUGAACACAUCAAUACUAAAAUGACUUUUAACCACAGGGAUUGUUGGCUAGAGGUAAGGCACGAGAUAUCUAUAACAAUAGGGAGAUAAGUACUAGUACCUUUUUAAAAUAUGUGAUCAUAACCAGUAAGUACAGUGCAUAUUGUCUCGCUUUCAGGCUGUUUUGCAUAUUUCCAGGCUGUUGUUGUAACCACUUUGCAGCUGGCACUUAAGGUUCAUUAUUCUCCCCAUCAAAGUGUUUCGUGUUGACCCUGAUUCUGCUGUAACCAGAACGAUCUUCAGGAACUGUAACUCUAGUGCUCACUGUUUUUCCUUUCUUAUGCUUGCUUAGUUAAGGGAAUGAUAAAGGUUUGCAUGACUCUGGACCCUUGGAGAAAUCAGUGCAAUGUGCAGGUGUCAGGUUGUUUCUUUUUAAAAAAAAAAAAAAAAAAAAUCUUGGUUUUUUUUUUUUUUAUUAUUUUCUUUUUAAUCCAGAGCUUCUCAGUGUACAGUGUUAACAGGUGUAGCUUUAUUGUGAAUUUUCAGUUAGGUCAGUGUGGAUCGACGUUCCAUUUCCUUUGCAGCUGUAGUUUGAGCUGCGUUUCACAUCUAGAUGUACUCCAUUAAAAAAAACCGUACUGCAGCCUGACCUUCCUGUAAACUAAGAGAAUGUGCUGCUAAUGCAUUUAAAAGCAAAUGUUAUGAAUUAAAUGUCAGAACUCAUUAAGGGAUUUCAAUGCACUUUCUCUUAUAAGGACUUUCACACAGCAAUCCAGCAGGCUGCAUUAAUGCCACUCUUGGUUAAAGGUGAGCUCCAAGUAAUGAGACUUUUACAGCAUGAUAAACACAAGAUGACUGCAGUGUUUAACUCGUAGUACCCUGUAUUGACAGCUUUUAUGUAGACACAGUAGACAGAUUUGAUGAAACCAUGUGUAAUCAUGUGGAUGAUUUAGUGUAAAAUUUGUUCCAAUCUUACACAAAUAAUUCAUUAGUUUUACCCUGUGCACUGUGACUCGACUUAUAGUUCAAUAUAAAAGCAUAUGAGUGACUCAACCUUUAAUGAAGAAACUUUUUUUUUUUUUUUUUUUUUAAGCUAUGGCUAGGUACUACAUGCUGAGUUUAGAUUCAUUUUGGCCAUCUUUGGAAGAAAGACAGGUAUUAGAUGCCUAUACAGAAUUGUACUGUUUCCCAGAGAAAGCCCACUUGCAGUUUUUUCACCAUGUAUUUGCUGUGUUAAACUGAUUUGACUGAGGCCUUAUAGGAUGCACACACCUGAUUUUAUCUCUGCACAAUUCUACAUAUUUGGCUUUAAUACCAAAAAAAUGUACAAAGAACAGAGGCUGUUUUAUAUAGCCAUAAAAGCAAUAGCCAUGUCUCUGCUAGAUUGCAGAUGCUAAUGUGUCUUCAAGGUCCUCCAGGUUUGCUUUGUCUUCAAACUUGAUGUAAAGUAAAACUGUACCAUGCAUGAAACAAA